GCACAACGGUCACACCAUUUCGCGAACAACUCGACAACUACGUGGCUGCUCCUCCGUUCACAAAAUAAUCAAAUUUGAGGCCAGAAAACCCACAAGCACGAUGGAAGGGAUGCUCUCAAAGUUACUGCUGUUCCUGGGCAGCCUCCUGCUGCUGUGCCGCAUCGGCGACGGCUUCAUUGUUAGCGUGGAUGCCCACAACGAGGAGUGCUUCUUCGAGAACGUCGAAGGCGGCACCAAGUUCGGCGUCACCUUCGAGGUAAUUGACGGCGGCUUUCUGGACGUGGACAUCAAAAUCACCGGCCCCGACAACCAUGUGAUGCACGAGAGCGAAAAGGAGUCCUCCGGCAAGUACACCUUCGUGGCCCCGGCCAAGGGUACCUACACCGUCUGUUUCAACAACGAGCGCAGCAGCAUGACCCCCAAGCUGGUCAUGUUCUCCAUUGAUGUGGGCGAGGCACCGCAGCGUGCGCCCGGAGCGCCCGGCGAGGAGGAGGUGGGUCACACCAAGCUGGAGGAUAUGAUUCGCGAGCUGUCCGGCACCCUGACCAGCGUCAAGCACGAGCAGGAGUACAUGCAUGUGCGCGACAAGAUCCAUCGCUCGGUGAACGAGAGCACCAACUCCCGCGUCGUCCUGUGGUCCACGUUCGAGGCUCUGGUGCUGGUCCUCAUGACAGUUGGCCAGGUUUACUACCUGAAGCGCUUCUUCGAGGUCAAGCGCGUCGUUUAAAACCUGGAGGAAGCCUGGAGGUUUAGAUAAAAGAAGUGAGGAGAGGAGAGAGACACACACACGCUGAGAGGGGUAAAGGUGUGUGUGUGUGUGUGUGCGUGAAGUCUCAGAUUAAUUUAAACGAUGAAAAUCCUUUUGUAAUUAAAAUAAAAUACCUUGUAAAAAGUAACUAAAGGUGGGAAA